UUUGAACCAGUCAUUUAUUGAGGUUAUGUCAUUCAUUACUGAUUGAUUACUGAUUUUCUCGGAUUUUCUGAAUUAUUUGGAGUUCAUAAAAUGGAUUCAAAUUAUUUAAAAAUUACUUUUACCGAACAGGAGCAGCGUGAUUUAAAUAACAAUUGUAUAAAUUCAUUUCAAUACCGAAGUAAGCCCUUUAUAAAUAGCGAUUUAUAUUUAACAACAAUAGAAGAUAUAAAACGCUUGACGACUGAUACCGAAGUGAAAACUGUGUACCAGUAUGAUCUAUCACGAAAGGACAUUGAAUACCAAUUUAAGCCUGGAGACACUAUCGGAAUUUUACCACCAAAUAAUGAGGAAGAAGUGAAUAGGCUUUUAUUAAGGUUAAAUUAUGAAUCCCAAAGUCACAAAAUUUAUAAACUUACAAUUUUAGAACAAACAACUAAGAAAAAUCCAUCGAUUCCUAAACAUGUUCCAGAAAAUUCAACAUUAUAUUCUAUUUUUCUUAAUAAUAUUGAUAUUAGACUUCCUCCAAAAAAGGUAUUUCUCAAAAGUCUUAUUAAAUAUACUACAGAUACAAAAGAACUAGAAUUAUUGGAAAAGAUAUGUUCAUCAUCCUCUGAUUACAUGGAGUUCUUGUACAGUCAUAAAACACUUCUGUCUUUGUUUAACGCAUUUCCUUCGUGCUUUCCACCAGUUGAGAUAAUUUUACAGCACUCUAGUCCUUUGCAUCCUCGAUACUUCUCGAUAGCCUCUUCACCUCUAGAGACAGAUAUUCUUUCUAUAAUUUUCCAUGUUGUAGAAUACGAUAAUGGAACUAAAGGAGUAUGUACUGGUUGGCUAGAUAAACUGUAUAAAAAUCAGGAUAUUAAAAACACAAAAAUACCAUUUUAUUUUCGAAAAUCGGGUGAUUUUAAUUAUACUAUUUCAACUGAGCCUACUGUUUUGAUAGCAACUGGCACUGGGAUAGUUCCAUUUAGAAGUUUUCUUAGGCAUAAAGAACUAAUAGAAAGAAACGAAGAACAAUCAAAGAGUGGGGAUGUUUUAUUAUACUAUGGAUGCAGAUAUCAGGAUAGAGAUUUCUUGCUUAAAGAAGAAAUAUACAAUUUUAUAAAAAACGGAACAUUAACCAAAUUAUUUACCUCCUUUUCAAGGGAGUCGACUAAAAAAUGUUACGUCCAACAUGAAUUAUUGAAGAAUGGCUCAGAAAUUGUUAAUUUGUUGCUAAAUAAGAAAGCAAACUUGUUUAUUUGUGGCAAUGCAAAAACUACAGUAAAAAGUGUUAGAGAAACCAUUAUAGAAUGCUUUGUUCUUUAUGGACUUAUGGAUAAAUCAAGUGCAGAAGAACAACUAACGAUUUUAGUUAAGAAUAAAAAGUUUCUUGUUGACAAUUACUGGAUAUAGAAUUUUAAUAAAGUUUUUAUAUAUUUGUU